AGGGAGGGAGGGAGGGGGGCCUGGACAGUAACAGAGGCUAGUGCACGGCGGCGGUGGCACCUUCCUUCUCGCAUCCCGGUCGCCCGGCCCGUGAGGAGGCAGCGGCGGCCGCAGGCGCCAGCAGAGCCAAGGCGGCGGAGCAUCGAGCUGAGGCGAGGCGAGGCGGACCGGCAGGAGCGCGCGGCCGGGGCCACGCAUCUCCACACUUGCACAGCAACUCCCGCGCCUUUCACGCCCCUCGCCCAGAGACCCGGACUGGGGGCUCGGAGAGCCUCGGUGAAGCGAGCGGGAUCCAGCUCCGGAGCUCAGCCAGCUCUGUUCUGAACCUCCCGGGCGCUGGUUCCCCGCGGCGGGGUACCCGCUUCUGCGCUCCGGACGCGCCUCCCGGACAGCCGGGUCUCUUCGGCCAGGACAAAGCCAUGAAGCCGGCGCUGCUGGAAGUGAUGAGGAUGAACAGAAUUUGCCGGAUGGUGCUGGCCACUUGCUUGGGAUCCUUUAUCUUGGUCAUCUUCUAUUUCCAAAGUAUGUUGCACCCAGUCAUGCGGAGGAAUCCCUUCGGGAUGGACAUCUGCUGCCGGAAGGGCUCGCGAAGUCCGCUGCAGGAACUCUACAACCCCAUUCAGCUGGAGCUGUCCAAUACUGCCAUCCUGCACCAGAUGAGACGGGACCAAGUGACAGACACCUGCCGGGCCAACAGCGCCAUGAGCCGAAAGCGUAGGGUGCUGACCCCCAACGACCUGAAGCACCUGGUGGUGGAUGAGGACCACGAGCUCAUCUACUGCUACGUGCCCAAGGUGGCGUGCACCAACUGGAAGAGACUCAUGAUGGUUCUGAGCGGCCGGGGCAAGUACAGUGAUCCCAUGGAGAUCCCCGCCAACGAGGCCCACGUCUCGGCCAACCUGAAGACCCUCAACCAGUACAGCAUCCCAGAGAUCAACCACCGCUUGAAAAGCUACAUGAAGUUCCUGUUCGUGCGGGAGCCCUUCGAGAGGCUCGUGUCUGCCUACCGCAACAAGUUCACCCAGAAGUACAACACCUCCUUCCACAAGCGCUACGGCACCAAGAUCAUCCGCCGCCAGCGGAAGAACGCCACACAGGAGGCCCUGCGCAAGGGGGACGACGUCAAGUUUGAGGAGUUCGUGGCCUACCUCAUCGACCCCCACACACAGCGGGAGGAGCCCUUCAACGAGCACUGGCAGACGGUUUACUCCCUCUGCCACCCUUGCCACAUCCACUACGACCUCGUGGGCAAGUACGAGACGCUGGAGGAGGACUCCAACUACGUGCUGCAGCUGGCCGGGGUGAGCGGCUACCUGAAGUUCCCCACCUAUGCAAAGUCCACCAGAACUACCGACGAGAUGACCACGGAGUUCUUCCAGAACAUCAGCGCCGAGCACCAGACGCAGCUCUACGAAGUCUACAAACUGGACUUUUUAAUGUUCAAUUACUCAGUGCCAAACUACCUGAAAUUGGAAUAAAGGGGUGUGGGG